UAUAUUCAUGGAUUUAUAAACACGAUUGUAUUGUGCAUUAUUAAAGUUUCCGAAUGGAACUUACAUAUGCUCAGAGACUGGAUAUGAGCACUGUCAUGAAGAGCGUUUUGCUUUCGCUUUUUAUACUAGGUCAUUUGAAAUCAGGGGUUAGUGAUUCACUUCAUAACGAUGACGAUUAUGGUGAACCGUAUUUUCUGAAGGCUCCUACAAACAUAACGGUUCGUGAAGGAGACUUGGCAAAACUAAAGUGUCGAAUAGCGAACCUUGGACCGAAAAUGGUAAACGUGGUGGUUUGGAGAAAAACGAACGAAGAUUAUCCUUUGACGAUUGGGGAAAUGUCUUUCUCACAAGACGACGAAAUGUCGAUCGAUCACUCCCAGAUCACCAAAACAAGUAGUACCUGGGAUUUGCUAAUUAAAAAUGUGAAGCCAAAACAUGCUGGAAUGUACGAGUGCCAAAUCAGCGCGAACCACCUUAUUGCUCACUACGUCUCACUCAAUGUCGUUGAUAAAUCGGAGAUGCGACCAGGUAAACAUACCCCUAUGCUAGCCAUUGACGCGAUAGACUUUGAGACAGAACUACGAAUCGUCGGCAACACCUACGUGAAUAUGGGAACUGUGAUCCACCUAAUUUGCAACGCAACGGGGGCUUACCGGGCACCGGAAGCAGUUGACUGGUUUUACGACGGAAAUAGAAUUCAUAUGGCAGACGACAGGUGGAAAGGCCGAGUGGAGAUUUUGAAGCACGAAUCUUUCGAAGGCAAAUACUUUGUCAGUGAAUUGAUUAUUGACAAGAGCCGGCUGGAAGAUAAUGGAGAUUACGUCUGCAGGAGCUCUGAUUUGGCCGUCAAUAGCGUUAAAAUCCACAUUUUAAAUACGGACAAAGAUAAUUUAACAAGGCGAGGGUCUGGCAAAGAUGCUCAGAGUAAAUACAUCAGUGCCGAUCCAGAGAGUGGGUGUUGUCGAAUGCAAACACAGGCUAUACAGUUGAUGACAUUCUCGAUCUUUGUGCUAGUUUGCAGGUGAACGGGUUUCAAAUAGGGAUCCAAAACAGACAAUGGAAGUGCCUUUUAACACCACAUACACAAACGUAAUAACUCAGAGCUUAUUCUUGAGUGAUGGAUUAUAGACGUAAUAUACAAUAAAUUCACACUGUUAUAGGGUCAUGUAAAGUCAUUAAUAGAGAAAAUUGUGACCCUUGGAAAUCUUACCUCUUUACAAAGGGAUGCAGAUAUACACUUUUCAAACGAACAAAUUGCAUCGCUGGAUAACAUGAGUCAUUAAGCGAGACAUGACAGUUGACCCUAUCGAGUCGAGUGCUUUGGAUAGUGUUGCCCUGCAUCGGUGAUAGUGAUGACGCACAUUGGCAUACAGUGAUGGCGCACAAGUCAAAAGAACUCUUUAUGUGAUAAAUGUAUGCUUUACACACUUUUCAAAUUGUAUAUUGAGUAUUAUGAUAAUAACAAUGUUUAUCAUAAACUUAUUGAAUUUCUGCAACCAAUACGUAUAGUAUUCAACAUUUAAAAGCCG